UUUUCCCGCCGUCGUCGUCGUCAAGGCUUGUUUACAGUCACCUAGCGGUCGUUAGGAAGACGACGUAGUCUAGUGAAAAUCCGGGAGCAAAACAAAGCAUUUCACAUGGCAGAAAUUCGAUCCCCCGUUUCAUUAGUUUCAGUCGAGUUUGAAAUUUUUGGAAAAGUCCAGGGUGUUUUCUUCCGGAAAUGCACUCGAGAUCAAGGUAGCAAACUAGGACUGAAAGGAUGGUGUCGAAACACGGAAUCUGGAACAGUUGAAGGAGUCUUAGAAGGAACUCCCGAUCAAGUUAACAUGAUGAAAGAGUGGUUGAGAUACAAGGGGAGUCCUCAGUCGCGUAUUGAUAAAGCGGAAUUUCGCAACGAAAAAGUCAUUGAAAGCCUGUCAUUUACUGCAUUUGGUGUUAAAAAAUGAUUCGGCGUUUGACCGUGUAAUUUAUUUCAAAUGUCAAAAAUACAUCGUUUUUGUUAAUGGUGGUAAA